GCGCGCCUGCGCCGAGCUCCGCCAUGGCGGCCUGGACGUGCUGCCGGGUGGCCGCCGUGUCCUGCCUGGUGCUCUGCGUCUCCCUGCUCCUGCCGCGCACCUUCCUGCCCCGGGCCGGCGGCAGGCAGGAGCCCGGAGCCGCGCCGCCCGAGGGGAAGCUCAGUCGCUUUCCACCGAGGAUGCAUUCCCACGCCACUCCCGACGGCCGAGCUGUCCCUCAUUUUCCAAGGUCUCACCUUACUGAAGCAGUUGCCAAGGCCAAGGCAGGUGGAGGUGGAAGUGGAAGCACUGGUGGAAGUGGAAGAGGCCUUGUGGGACAGAUUAUCCCUAUAUAUGGAUUCGGCAUCUUCUUAUAUAUUCUGUACAUUUUAUUUAAGCUGGCUUCCAAGGGAAGAACUACUCCUGCAGAGCGGAAAUGCCCCCCUGUUACACCUGGGAACAUGAAGAGGAAAAUCACUGACUAUGAGCUCACUCAACUCCAGGAAAGACUGAGAGAGACAGAAGAAGCAAUGGAAAAAUUAAUCAACAGAGUAGGACCUAUGUAUGACAGCAGGACUCAAAAUGUUACAACAGACCAGGAAAAAAUGUUACUUCAACAACUCAGAGAAAUUACUAGAGUUAUGAAAGAAGGAAAAUUCAUAGAUGACAUCUCUCCUGAGAAGGAAGCUGAGGAAGCUCCUUACAUGGCAGAUUGGGAAGGUUAUCCAGAAGAGACCUAUCCUGUCUAUGAUAAUUCCGAUUGCUUCAAGCGCAAGCAGGACACAAUCCUUGUAGAUUACCCUGACCUGAGCCAGCCCUCCCCAGAAGAGCUGGCAGAAAGAAUGGAGGGCAUGGAAGAUGAGGAGUAUCCUUAUGAUGAAACCCUGCUAAGUGAUCUCACCACAGGAAUGGGUGGUCAGGAUUUAAUGCAGAAAAAGGAUGAUGUAACUCUUGUCGAGGAGGAGGAGAGUGACCUUCCUCCCAGCCAGAGCACUGGGGAGUGCUGCUGUUGCUGUGAUGAUGAUCCUGCUGUCAUAGCAGAGAAUGCUGGAUUCCACUCUGAGAGCUGCAGCGAAGUAGAAGAGACAAGCCAAGAGGAUGUGUCUGUGGAGUCAGAAAAUGAAAAUGCUGCACUGGAAAAGCAAAAGAUCAGUGAUUCAGAGCAGACAGGCACACUGAGAAAGCGCAACACCAAAGUACUUGAUUGAUAGGGGCAACCAUCUGGAUGGUAAAGGUAGAGGUCAUGAACUGCCAUCCAUGUGGGUUUUGGUCCCACUGAGAACUUCUCUGUGUUCAUCUCCUUGUAGCUACUGCAUUCUCCUGGUACCAGUCACAUCAUCUGC